UAAAUCCUAACACUGCAACAUUUAUGAACAUAAACCCGUUUGCAAAUUCGUCCCCAGUGGAAGUUGCAUUGCCUGUUUCAUAUCCCCAUACUCGCAGGAACCCGACACAGUCUGCAAUCAAGAAACGCUGUCUGAGAAUACGAUCACGCCGACGACACAAGCUGGACGGAAGAUCGGCACAAGUCUCACUCCCGGGUAACGAGCAGACAGAGUCAUCACGUGACGAUGGUAUCGUUACCGUGCCGUGACGUGUGGGGGAUAACGCUCGUCAUCGUCCUUUUCAUAGCACAUAGUACGUCAUCUGACGGAGGCGCCUGUCCUCACGGAUGUACAUGCUCCGCCACCAUUAUAGACUGUCGUCAUAGCAACCUGACGUCACUUCCUUCCACCCUUCCAUUGGCCGAGACGAUUGAGAAGCUACUUGUUUCAGGAAACAGGAUAAAGCAGAUUGGACUUGAACUUAAAUCCUACCCAGCACUCGAAAGAGUUGAUGUGGCAUCCAACAACAUCAGCAGCAUCAGUGAUGGAGCUUUCAGUGGCAUAGAAAAUCUGGACAAUCUGAUUCUUCGUCGGAACUAUCUGGCAAAGUUAACGAACGAGACCUUUCGGGGAUUGCGGGCGCUCAAAACCUUGGACUUGGGGUACAACGUCUUGAAGACCUUACCCAAUGGUGCUUUCAGAGACUUGAAAAGUUUGCAGCAAUUAGAUUUAAUGAAAAAUAACAUUUCCUUCAUCGAAGACGACGCUUUUGUUGGCUUGGAGUCUUUGCAAGUUUUGAAUUUAACCCGAAACCUUCUUCAAGUGUAUCCGACAAACGCUUUAUCAAGACUGACAUCCGUUACCCGGCUUGUAUUGGACGAUAACAGGUUGAAGACCAUACCAAGGUUUGCAUUUGCAGGACUUUUGAAUCUGAAGUUUUUGAGCCUCAAUGGGAACCAUCUUGCAAGCCUGGAACCGUCGGCGUUUGCCGUGCUGAAGGCGGGUUCUGGCACCUCUUUAGUGGAGCUCUCAAUUAAAGGAACAGACUUGAACGAUGUUCCAACGGAUGCCUUUAAAAGUCUUACAAGUCUUGAAAUACUGGACAUCAGUAAAAAUAAAUUCAAAAUUUUUAAGAGGGGGUCUUUUAAUGGGCUGAAAAGUCUUCGAAAGCUGACAGUAACAUCCUCAAGAUACCUAACAACCAUUGAAAAUGGAACUUUUGAAUUUAUGUCGAAUUUAACGGAAGUCAUCAUACGAAAUAAUAAAGCUCUCACGUCGAUCGGAGAGACAACUUUUCCCUCCGCGGGCUCACUGGUGGAUCUCGAUUUAAGUUCCAAUUCCAUUCGCACAUUUUAUCCAAAUAUGGUUCCAUGGGAUAGAAAUGCGACUGUUGAUAUAAGAAAUAACCAGCUUCUCUGUGACUGCAAUAUUGUUUGGAUGUUUACAACUCUGAAGAACGCCAAUAAUCCGAAUACAAAACUAUAUGCGUCAAAUCUUUCGUGCGCAGCGCCGGAUCCAUACAGAGGGAGAAACGUAUUCUCGCUUUCGAAUUCCACCUUCAGCUGUGACAUUGCUAAACCUUACACCCAUGACGUCCUGAGUCGGGUCAAGGUCGCGGCAAUUGCUGCAGUCAUCACAAGCCUUUUACUUAUGUGUUGUGCUCUUUUCAUCAAGUUCCGAAAAAAGAUUUGCAUGGUAAUCCGAAGACAGUAUCGGUACCGCCAAUAUAAAAACAACGGCUCCCUUUCAGACAGCAGACAGAACGGGGAGCUCCCGGAAGAAGGAACUGCAAUGGAGGUCAUAAGUUCAUAUAAAGAUGACCCUGAAAUACAAGUUCAAGGUCAAUAGGUCAGUCAAGGUCAAAGGAAUUUUUGACGUGUUUCAACCUCGACAGUGACUUUGUUGAUAUCAAAUAACCAUUGUAUAAAACGUGCAAUAGGUAUACUGAUGUGAAUCUAAAACAAUCCGACUGCACAGGUAUCAAAUAUUCAUUAACCUCCCCCUGAACAUCUCUUUCUCCAACAUGAAUCUUUUUAAGGAUCAAUAAUUGAGACACGGGAGUGGUUAUAUAAUAUUGGUUUUAUGUAGAUAACACAUUUGUCUCGAUAUGUUACAGGAUGUGAGGAGGCACGGGUGGCGCCGUGAUUCGCUGUGCAGAGUUGCGUCCCUUGGGCACGCCAGAAACCUAGGAUACUGGGUUCGAAUCCCGGUUCGCCCCAAUUAUGUUUCUAGGUUUGUCAGCACCAU